UGUUAUUUGGGAAAAAUUAGCUCAUUUCAACAAAUUACACAAAUAAAACUAUAUCGUGUAUGUCAGAUUGGUAUUCAAAUUCUUAAAUAUUAUGUGAAUAAGUGUUUUAGCUUAAAUAUUCAGGAUGCCAAAUUCUCGUGUCAGAAGGCUUAGGGAAAAUGGAAACGGCUCGCCGUUGGAAGUGAUCGAUUUAACAUUACCGGAAUCUGAUUUAAAGGAGGGUGUUCACGCCCGAAAAAGAAAAUGUAACACUCGUUCAAAAUCAGAAAUCCCGCCUAAAAGGAAAUUAACUGUAAAAAAUAGAAAUGUUACAAAAACAUGUGCAAAACAGCCAGAGACUCUUAACUACACGAAGUCAAUGACAGCUCUCGCCACAAAGCUCAUAAAGACAGACGUACAGUCAAAAAGAAGCGUCAAUACCAGAAAGAAAAAAAUGCUACAGAUCCUUUCGGAGAAGUGGACCAAACCUUCAACAACGGGCGAGGUGUUGAGUCCCAAAUACAAAUUCUCCGACAGGCUCGAUCGUUACUACAACGAUCUGGAAGAGCGCGAGAGAAGAAAAGAACUAAGGCGGAAUUUGGAAACUGUAUCUGAUACGUUUAUUUGUAACCAGUCAGAAGACAAUGAUGAGCACCGAGAUACACCAGAGGAUAAUCCUGAUGUUAAGUUCAAGUUUAACGAGGAAAAUUGCAAGAGAGUAGAUGCAAUUCUUGCUAUCUACCCUGAGGGUCAUAAAAGGGCUGCGAUGAUCCCGUUACUCGACCUCGCCCAGAGACAGCACGGCUGGCUUCCGAUUUCAGCAAUGCACGAAGUCGCUGAUAUCCUCAAUUUGCCAAAAAUGCGAGUUUACGAAGUCGCCACUUUUUACACUAUGUUCAUGAGGAAACCAACCGGCAAAUACCAUGUCCAGGUCUGUACCACGACCCCUUGUUGGUUGAGAGGCUCGGACGAGAUUCUAGACGCUAUCAAGAAAGAACUGGGGAUCGACGUUGGCGAGACGACAAACGACAUGAAAUUCACUCUGUCUGAGGUGGAAUGCCUAGGCGCUUGUGUCAACGCCCCAAUGAUCCAAGUCAACGACGAUUAUUUUGAGGAUCUUACAGUUAAAGACACUGUCGACAUAAUGAACGACUUGAAAGCUGAUAAACGUCCAAAACCAGGGCCAAGAAACGGCCGGUUUGCAGCAGAGCCGGCUGGCGGUCUCACAUCGCUCACAUCAGAACCACCAGGUCCUGGUUUCAAGCUUCAAGAUGCCCUUAAAUAAUAUAAAUAAAUGUUCAUGUAAACGAUUGUAAAAUUUGUUAGUUAUAAUUAAACUUGUUAAAACUCAA